AUGGGGACAAGGGACACGGUGCCAGCCCCGGUCCUUCCCCCCUGCAGGGUGCCACCGAGGGCCCCGUCCCUGUCCCCAUGGCGGCACCGUCCUACCCGGGUCUCCUGGCCGCCUGCCUGGCGCUGCUGCUGGCCACUGCGCGGGGCGACGGGUGCAGCGGCUUCGGGAACGUGUUCACGGAGAUCGCGGAGAACAGCGCCCACGGGAGCCUGGUGGCGCGGCUGCCGCCGGGGGGGGGACGCGCCGGGGGCGCCGCUGCAGCUCUGCCUCGCCGGCCACGACGCCGCCUGGUUCUACCUGGACGGGCGCAGCCUCAGGCUCAACGUGUCCAACGGGCGCGCGCUGGACCGUGAGGAGCUGGAAUCCCCGGUGCUGAUGGUGGCCCUGACCUGCGCUGAGGACGGCUUCUCCCCGGUCGAGUACCGGAUCAUCGUCCAGGUCCUCAAUGAGAACGACAACCGGCCCCACUUCCAGGGGGCCUCCGACCUCACCCACAACGUCAGCGAGCUGGCGGCCGUGCACUCGGUGGUGUUCAGCGCGCAGGCGGAGGACGCGGACGGGGACACGCUGAUGUACGUCAUCGACACGGCCUCGCCCGACGCCAGGUUCUUCCGCAUCGACCUCCCCAACAGCGGGAAGGUGGUGCUGGCGCGAGCGCUCGACUUCGAGAGCCGGCAGCAGCUGGAGGUCGUGGUCACCGCCGUGGAGAUGAACACGCGGGAGCGGUUCAACGCCUCGGCGCGGGUGCGGGUGCAGGUGCUGGACGGGGAUGACCAGUACCCGCAGUUCCUGCCCUGCGCCCCCCGCGCCCACCGCGGCCUCACGCUCUGCACCAGCCCCGUCUACACCGCCAACGUCACCGAGGGGCAGCUCCAGGGGGGGCCCCUCAGCUUCAGCCCCGGAGAUGUCUACGCUGAGGAUGGGGACAGGGGGUUGAGGGCGACCAUCACCUACUCACUGCUGGCAGGCCAGGAGAGCGGCCGGUUCCACAUUGACAACAUGACGGGGGCCAUCACGCUGCUGCGGGCGGUGGAGAGCAGCCGCCGGACCCCGGCCAUCAGCCUCAGCGUCAUGGCGUCGCAGGUGAACGACGUGAGCAAGUUCGCGGUGGCUCAGGCCGUGGUGCGGGUGCUGGCUCCCAACCGGCACCCGCCGCGCUUCCCGCGCUCCUCCUUCCGCGCCUUCGUGCCGGCGGCGGCGCGCGAGGCCGCGCUGCUGCUCACCUACGGCGGGCACGUGCUGGCCCUGCGCGCCCGCGACCCCGACUUCCCGCAGGGUGUGAACCCGCAGAUUCGGUACAGCCUGAGCUCCAGCACCAACCACAGCCACGGCCAGCACCAGGACCAGGACCAGGACCAGGAUGAGGGCCAGGACCAUCCCCAGCUCUUCCAGGUGAUGCCCAACGGGCUGGUGGUGGCCAGAGCUGAUCUCCUGCAGCCGGCCCAGCGCUACCACCUGCAGGUGCUGGCGCGGGACGAGGAGUCGGGGGAGACCUCGAGUGCCACAGUGGAGCUGGAGGUGCUGUGGCCGGGGCAGGCGGCGCCCCGGGACCCGUCGGAGGCGGGCGCGGCGCCGCUGCGCGGGGGCGCGCUGGGGGGGGGCUCUGGCCGCGCUGCUGCUCGUGGCCGCCGCCGUCCUCUUCCUCCUGCUCCGCGCCAUGAAGCGGCGGCAGCGGCAGCACGGAGCGGCCGAGCGGGCGGCGCUCGCCAUCGAGAAGCACCCCAAUGUGAGCCUGCGCUGGUUCCAGCCGGUCCCUGCCGGCAAAUCCUCCCCGACCCCCCCCAGCCUCUAUUACCCCAACGAGGGGUUCAGUGAGGAGGGCUCGGACCCCCCCCCCCGCCCCCCCCGCCGCCUCCCCCCCCCCGCUCCAGCCCCACAGCCCCCCCCGCCCCCAAACCUCAGGCCAACUCCUUGGGGCACCCGGCGGGGUCCCCGCCCCCCGAGGGCUCCCCGCCGCCCCCACCCCCCAGCCCCCCCCGGCCCCCCAGCCCCGGGGAAGCCUCGGGGGGGGCUCCGGACAGCCCCACUUUGGGGGGGCCCCGGGGGCCGCUGCCCGCGCUGGAGGAGGUGAGUGAGGACAGCCUGGAGGAGGGGGGGGCUGCGGACCCCCCGGACCCCCCCAGGGUGCCCCCUCCCUUCUUGCAGCUCCUGGAGGACUCCAUUGAGUGCUGAGGAUGGGGAAGGGGGUCUGGGGGGGGGGGGGGGGCGCGUUCUGAACGGUACCAAUAAAAAGCUGGGGCGAUA